AAUGAUUCCAUCCGUCAAAGCCUCUAUAAGUUGAAUCGAUAGGUAUAAAUCUUGCUUAUUCCAAGAUGUUGUAUCUAGUAGGCCUAGGUCUCUCAGACGAGACAGAUAUCACCGUUAAAGGUCUCCAAAUUGUCAAGAAAGCUUCGCGCAUCUAUCUCGAGGCAUACACGAGUAUUCUGUUGGUAGAUCAAUCUAUCUUGGAAAAAUACUAUGGCAGAUCUAUCGUAGUCGCAGACCGAGAAAUGGUCGAAUCCAACAGUGACGAAAUCCUCCGCGAUGCGCAUACAGAAGAUGUCGCAUUCCUAGUCGUCGGUGAUCCUUUCGGUGCUACUACGCAUACCGACCUCGUUCUUCGAGCGCGCGAGCUCUCAAUCCCCGUUCAGACAGUCCCCAACGCAUCCAUAAUGUCUGGGAUUGGCGCCACAGGACUCCAGUUAUACAACUUCGGACAGACAGUGUCAAUGGUCUUCUUCUUAGAUAAUUGGCGCCCGGCCUCUUUCUACGAUCGCAUCAAGGAGAACCGAGAGAUUGGCCUUCAUACGCUCGUACUAUUAGACAUCAAAGUCAAAGAGCAAAGCUUAGAGAACAUGGCGCGAGGCAGAAAGAUUUACGAGCCCCCGAGAUAUAUGACAGUCGGCCAAUGUGCGCAGCAAAUGCUCGAGAUUGAGGAAGAGAAGAAAGAGGGCGUCUAUGGACCUGAUAGUCUAGCUGUCGGCGCUGCGAGGGUUGGCGGCAGAACGGAGAAGUUCGUCGCGGGAACGCUACAACAGCUUUGCGACGCCGAUGAAGCUCUAGGAUCGCCAUUGCAUAGCUUAGUAUUGCUUGGCAGAAGGGCGCACGAGCUAGAGAGAGAUUACACGCGGGAGUUUGCAGUUGACAAGGAGUUAUGGAACACAAUAUGGAAUAAGGAUUACGGCAUGCAAUGAGGGCGCCGUCAGAUAUUAUACAGCUCCCCUUAUUAAAACUACCUAGUAGUUCGAGCGAUUUGGC